AACUGGAAUUGAUCUCGUUUUGAUAUGAAAAGAACUUAGACUCGAAUGAUCAUAUCCAAUAUAAAGUGAGUCUCUACUGUUUGUUUUAAUCAAAUUCUCUGUAUACUAGUUUCACAGUAUGACUGUGUGAUUUACGAAUAAUUUAUAAACAUUUUAUCAGAAUGAAACAAAAUAAAAAAACAUAUUUAUCUCUUUUGUAAAUCAUCGUAGCGUUUUUCGUACAGAAAUGUUAAUAUAACGACUAGAUGUGAAAUAAAAAAGUUGACUAGAAGUAGAUCGUUUGUUUAUAGUUGUAUGAAGGUGAACGAACAACAAGGCCUGACUAUUUUUGUUCUUUUUUUAUUUUCAAUUUUAUUUAUUUUCUUUACUUUUAUAUUAGAUGUUCACAUACUACGUCGACUUGGUUUAGCAAGUUUUUUCUACAUGAUAAUAUUUGCUGGUCUAGAAUUUACAAUUACUUUUCUUGUUUAUAAUCGAUUCAAUUAUAACAGUAUGCAACAAGGACGUAUGUUUCUCUUUAUGGGAUUAACAAUGACUCUUGUUCAAGGUGGUUAUGUUCGACGAAUUCCACAUGGACAAGAAAUGGCAGCUUCAAUACGUGUAAGUAAUGAUGUAUAA